AUGAUGCAUGCUCUGGAUUUCCCUAGCAAGUUCAUCAAAUGGACAAUGAAAUGUAUUACAACAACUAGAUACUCUAUAGCAAUUAAUGGGGGGAUGUAUGGAAACAUUGAAGGAAAGAGGGGGCUAAGGCAAGGGGACCCAAUUUCUCCACUAAUCUUUGUCAUCUGUAUGGAAUAUUUCACAAGGAUCAUGAAGCAUGUUACCACACUCCAGGGGUUUUCCUUCUACACAAAAUGUAAAGGAUUACAAUUGAAUCACCUAUGCUUUGCAGAUGAUGUGCUUCUGUUCUAUCGAGGAGAAGUGCAAUCAGUAAUAAUGAUGUUAAGGGGGCUGGCUAGUUUCUCAAGUGCAUCAGGACUAAAUACCAAUGCAAACAAGUCCAACAUAUAUAGUGCUAAUAUGGAUAGGCAAAGUGUGGAAGACCUAUGUGAAUUGACUGGCUAUAAAAGAGGGACACUACCUUUCAGAUACCUGGGGAUGCCAAUUUCAGCAAAGAAAAUUUCAGCAGUGGAUUGUGAAAUCCUCCCCAAGAAUGUUGUUGGUACUGGAGGAAAAUAUGCUCCAUGCGAGACCUUUUUGCAGAGGGAUAUGUCCAGCAGGAGUGGUUAUCAGCUAAUGGACAGUACACAAUCAGUAGUGGCUAUAAAUGAAGGCAAGGAACUGGAGAGAAAUGGGAGAGUAGCAGAUGGGUUUGGAGCAAAUAACACCCCAAAGCAUAGCUUCAUCAGUUGGUUAGCUAUGCAUUGA